CGGGUUGGCGUGUGACGUCACGGGCGCGGCCGGCGGGGAGAACGGAGCCGGCCGGAGGGGCCGCGGCGGAGGCGGCGCACCCGGGCCGUGUGACUAUGGACCCCGUGGCGCCAGAUGUGCUUGUAAAGUUUCAAUACCAACUUCUGAGGUCGAUAUCUAGAUGUUCUCCUGGAUUAAGCGCCUAAUUAGGAUGGUCCUUGAACGAGGUGGAUUUACCAUGGACUCAGUACUUUGGUCAGGAAAGUCAUAUGGCUCAUCACGAAGUAUUGUAAGGAAAAUUGGUACUAAUUUAUCUCUUAUCCAGUGUCCAAGGGUUCACUUUCAGCUUACCUCUCACUCUACGGAGUGCAGUCCAAAUCACCCCAGGGAGGAUGCCGUGGCUUCAUUUGCUGACGUAGGAUGGGUUGCCAGAGAAGAAGGAGAAGUCUCUACAAGACUCAGAACGGAGGUCUGGUCCCAAGAGACCCCUUCCCCCGGCCCCCAGAAUCUGCCGUUCUUUGGGCAGCCUCCGAGUAGGCAGUCAUCCCUUCCCAACCUGCCCCGGGCAGAACCCGAGCCCAAGACGCCCACCGCGCUAGCCAACGACGAAGCCCUGCAGAAGAUCAGCGCUCUGGAAAAUGAACUCGCUACGCUCCGAGCUCAGAUCGCCAAAAUCGUCACUUUGCAGGAACAGCAGUCUCUUGGUGCAGGAAGCUUCAGUGCACCUGGGCCUGGACCCCCACCUCCGCCUCCUCCGCCUCCUCCGCCUCCUCCUCCUCCUCCUCCUCCUCCUCCCCCCGGGCUGAGCCGGAGCAUGUCUGCCAUCGACCUGAUCAAAGAGCGUCGAGAGAAGAAAGCCAGCCCGAGUCCCAGCCCCACUGAGAACACCCCAAAGAAGCCAGAUGUGCCAAGUAUGCUGGAAAUCCUCAAAGACAUGAACACCGUCAAGCUCCGGGCGGUCAAAAGGUCAGAGCAAGACAUAAAGCCCAAGCCCGCCGACCCCGCCGACCCCGCCGCCUUAAUCGCAGAGGCCCUGAAAAAGAAAUUUGCGUAUCGCUAUCGAAGCGAUGGCCAAAGCGAAACAGAGAAACUCUGUCCGAAGGCUCAAGCGACGACCGCGUCAGAAACAGUAUUGUUCGGGCCACACAUGCUAAAGUCUACAGGAAAAAUGAAGGCUUUGAUCGAAGACGUCUCCCAUUCUUAAGUGGAUCGACGCUGGAGGAAAAAGACCGUUCAGACACGGGCUGGUCAGGGCGAAGAACGGCUGGUAGAAAUCAACACUAUUUAGGAAAUACUUGACUUUAGAUCUCCGGGGUCUCGUACAAAGCUAAGUAGAGAAUUAAACAAAGGCAAAAGCACUAAACAGAUGGUUUUUGUUAUAAAAAUAGGGAUCAUUCCAGAGCCAGGAUGCGGUGGUUACGGUUUCGGCGCUCCGCUCUACUGGGCUGCGUCUGGGGGCCUUAAAGAGAAUUUUGCCACCGGUGCCGUGAGGCUUUUAUUUCCCAAACACUACUUCUGGAUAACUCUAUGUGUGUGACCUGAAGUUUGGGGAGAGACAGCAGUGAAGUACUACCGUUAUCUUCAUCCUUUCUGAGAGCAGCCGGCAGACUUGUUGCGGCAAAACGUCGAGCAAGAGCUUCUAACCUCCCGGUUUAGAAGAAUCACAUUUAUCCCACACUUGGUAAAAGGGGCUGGCCGGAAGGCACUUUAUGGCUGAACCGGGGACCUUCGGAGCUGACCUAUAAUGCACUUCUCUCACCUCAGCACCUUCUGGGCAGAGACGGGACAGGAGUGAUAACCAACUUCCCAUCUUUUCAUUUCAAAGGGCCUUUGUGUCCACGGUGGGCAGUCUCCACAAGGUGUAAAAGCCUAUUAGCAGCUCAACGUGGAAUCCACGUUGGGUCGGGCUGGGAUGCUUUUGAAAUCAACCUCCAGCCCAGGCAGGCCCGGCCCAUUUUUCAGCUUGUACGUGCUGCCGGCCCAGUAGAUUCAGCUUUAGGCCCAAAAAGCUGAUUGUUCGAGCCGGCCGAUCGGGUAUAUGGGGGUUUGCGCUCUGAGCUUGUCAUUCUUAUCUCCGGGAGAAGAUUCUGCACUUUGGAAAAUCCGAUUCAUUUUAAGUUAUUGAUAAUGUAUACAUUGAGCUAAUUUAUGGAUAAAAUGAUACAGAAGGACUUUGGAGUAGGGCUUAUUUUUACAGGGGCUGUUUAUUCUCUUACUCCAUUGAAAACCGUACCUUUCUAUUCUCUCAGACUCAGCCCUUUUAACCGUCGAAAAUAUUCUGAAGUUGAAAAUUUCGUAUCUGUACCGGGUGUGAAUUUAGGGCUAUAACUGCUUCCUGCCAUAAAGACAGAGGGAUGUUUUAAAAUAAAGCAGACUCAUUUUGGGGGCCGCCGUACUCCCCGGAAGUA